AUGCGCAUAUCAGAACCACUCGUACACCAUCCCGAGGAGGAGGAGCUUGAAUUACGGCUCGAGGAUGUGGUCAACGACGAUGGAGAGAGCUCGGAUGACAUUGACGGCGAUCACGUGGGCCACCCGCUCGACGACCAUGACGGUGUGCACACUUUGGACGUACAUUCUCGGUCAGGAGAGGCGCCGAUAGAGCCUCAUUCAGAUCCAUCUGGUGCCCAGCAGCCAUUCGAUCAUGCGGCUCUCGAAGCCCAAAUUGCAGAUCUACUUACUGCAGAGGCCGCUCGCACCACUCGAAGGGCUGCCGCUGCUGCUGCUGCCGCUCGCCAGUUUCAACGCAACACAAGUGCACGUACGAAUCACCCACACUCGGAUCCCCAAUCGAAUCCCAGCACCGAUCCUUCGUCCAUGUCAUACCCCCUUUCACUUGCCGCCGCUCAGUCAUACCCUUUACCAAUGCAGCCCAUUGGCUAUCCACCGCAAGGGGCUCUUCCUUCCGAACACGACCCUGCAGAUUCUAAUGACGGAUCCGGGCAGCAUGCAGCCAACCCAUCCAUCUCCAGCAAUCCAGUUGUUCCCGGCGUCCUCGAUGGUUCAGCAGGACAUCAUAGCACCCAACCGCAGAACUUUACCGAUAUUACCGACAUACUCGCUCACCUGUCUGCGCAUUUGGAAAAUGCCGCCGCGGUCGUUGCUGCCGCUGGAAAUUCACAGCCUCAAGGAACAAUGGCAAGUUCCGGAGCAGAGGACGAUGACGACUCGUUGCACGAGGGACGUGACGAUGAUGAUGACGACGACGAACCGGCUCGGCCCAUCGUUUCGGCUGAGCGUCCCUCUGGUCCGGAAGGCGAAGAAGAUACCACCCGGCCGUAUGUCUGCGAUGUACCAGGCUGUGGGAAAGGGUUUGGUAGGAAGAGUGAUUUAGCUCGGCACUUGAGGAUCCACUCUGGCGAGCGUCCAUACCCCUGCGACGAACCUGGAUGCGGAAAAAGUUUUAUUCAGCGUUCUGCGCUCAACGUUCACAGGCGGGUUCACACGGGGGAGAAACCCCAUUUAUGCGAGUACUCCGGGUGUGAUAAAACAUUCGGAGAUUCGAGUAGUUUAGCGCGACAUCGGAGAACCCACACCGGCCGUCGUCCGUACAAGUGCGAUGAACCCUUGUGUGACAAGACGUUCACCCGCAGAACAACUCUGAACCGACAUAUGCGCGUUCAUAUGCCUGGGUUUGAUCCACACAGCCGACCUUCCAAGCGCCGCCGCACAGACGAAGAACUUACCGACAUCCCAGCUAUCGGUUCCUUCAUCACUCCUCGAGCGGCAUUACCCGGUGGUGUUCGACCAGUCCCACAGAUGUCGCACUCGACCAUGGCUUCACUUGGUUCUGGAAACAAUCCAGGGGCAUCUGGUUCAGACGUCCAACUUGAAGGAUCGAGCCAACAAGGAUCCCACCAUGAUUCGAACCCAUCAUCCAUGCCUUGGCCAACUGAACAACCGAACGCAGACAACCAACCUCAUCCAGCUGGCUCGGGAGCUGAAAGUAGAAUGCCGGGAGUUGAUGGUAUUGGCGACGGUCCAGGCGACUACCCAGAAGACUGGGUGCGUAACAUGAACGGAGAAACCGAAGAGGACUCGGAAGAUCUCAAUGCUCCGUCGGGAGCUGAAGCAAGUACUUCGACAGGUAGCAACCAUACCCAACCACCCCGCCCUCCAAUCAUUUCUUACUAA